CUGGCGUCGUCAAAUGACGACACGACUCAAAAACUUCAUUUUCAACGUGAAAACAGAACCGAAACUGCUCGUUUUCUUUUUCGUUGUACAAUUGGAAGUGCUAGUGCCAUCGCCAUCAUUAGUCAUGUGAUCCCGCAGAGGAGCGUUGAAGGAAGAAGAAGAAAUGACAACAACAAACAUGGCAGACGCAUCGGCAGGUGCACCUAAUCCAGGUAUACCAGCAUCCUCGUUCUACGGCAGGCGUUUAGAAGAAAGCACAGAUGCACUUUUUCAUGAACUGGACAAUGGUAAUUUGUCUGAUCUAGAAGGAGAAAUAGACAAUUCCUCUGACAGCGGUGAUGAUCUUGAGGAGCCCGAGCAAGAACAUGCUGACAGCGAGGAGGAAAGUGCGGAUGAUGUUUGCGAGGUGCCGGCAGCAGCUUGGACUAAAAAGAAGUUCGUAAAGCCAGACACAUCUUUUGAGUGCGACGAACUUCCUUUUUUGAAUACUAACGAAGAGAUGCCCUCACCGUGGGACUACUUCAGUCACUACGUUCCCAAGAGCAUAUUCAUUGACAUGGCAGAAAGAACUAACCAGUAUUCUUUACUGCAAGAAGGGAGAUGCGUUGGUACAAAUGAACAGGAAAUCCGACAGCUGAUUUCUCUUCACUUGAUCAUGGGGGUGAUGCGAUACCCAAGGCUACGGUUAUAUUGGAAGCCGGAAAUGAAGACUAGGCUGGUGGCAUCCACUGAACUCUCACGCAACCGCUUCGAAAAGCUGAGGAACAAUCUGCACAUCGUUGACGUGUCUCUGCCGGACCCAAAGGAUCGCUUCUGGAAGGAACAAUUCGAGUCAACCGAUGUCAAAAAUGCCCGCUGGAGCCAGAGAAAAAUCUAAAGCAAAAAGGUCGCGGUUCUUCCGCUUCUGUGGUCAGCAAAGAUGGAAAAGUGGCGGUCACACGAUGGUACGACAACAAGGCUGUGACUCUGGCAUCGAACUUUGUGGCUAUCGAUGAUGAAGACACCGCAAAGCGCUGGAGCAAGAAAGAUGGGUGCUACAUAGAAGUAAAACGGCCUGCUGUUGUAAGAAUGUACAACAGCAGCAUGGGUGGAGUUGAUAAAACCGACUUCCUAGUGGCACUCUACCGCACGAAGAUUCGGUCACGAAAAUGGACACUGAGGAUGAUAUUUCAUGUUAUCAAUGCUUCAGUCGUGAAUGCAUGGCUUGAAUACAGAAGAGAUGCAGUCGCACGAGGGCUGACGUCUGCCAGUCAGCUGGACUUGCUCGACUUCACUCUGAGUAUUGCAGAAGCCCUUGCACGAGUACAGAGCCUGCC